AUGAGCGCGUCGACCGUGCGUUCUCUCUCCGCCCGCGCCGUCGUUCGAGACCGUGCGAUGACGUCGUCGUCGCGCGCGUCGGCGUUGCGAGGCGUUCGUCGCGCUCGCGCACGCGCGCCGCUCGCGCAACCUUCUGCUUCGCUCGCCAGCGACAAGGUGGUCGUCAUCGGGGCGAACGGGAAGACCGGACGUCGCUGCGUGGAGUACUUGCGUUCGAGCACUGAUGCAAAGGAAAUCGUUGCGUGCACGCGCUCCGGGACGUACGAAGGCGGCGCCGCGGACGACCGCGUGAAGGCGCGAGCCGCGAACGUCGCCUCGGCGUCAGUCGCCGAGCUCGCGAACGAAUUCGCGGGUGCGAAAGCGGUGAUUUUCGCGGCUUCCCAAUCCCAAAGUGGUGGCACCGCUUCCCAAGUCGAUCGCGAUGGCGUCAUCACGUGCGCGCGAGCGUGCCUGCGAGCUGGCGUCGAACGCUUCGUUAUCGUCAGUAGCGGCGCCGUCUCCAAGCCGGCGUCGCCCGUCUACAUCUUUCUCAAUUUAUUCGGCGGCAUUAUGCGAAACAAAAUUUUGGGAGAAGAUGCCGUUCGUGCGCUCUACUUCGAUCGCCCUGGCCAGUUCUACACGGUUGUUCGCCCGGGCGGAUUAUCCGAGGACCCGGCUCGCGGCGUGAGCGCUCUCGAGUUGAAUCAAGGCGACGAGAUGUCCGGGCGAAUUUCCCGCGAAGACGUCGCCGCUAUUUGCAUCGAGUCCAUUUCACGAGAGGACGCCGCAAAUGCGACGUUCGAGUGCUACAAUUGGGAUGCUGCGAAGCCUCUCGGUGAGGUUGGAUUGUCUAACAUGAUGAAGGCGACGAACGACGGCGACGGCGUACAGAAGACUGGAUCAGAAAGACGUGGCAGCUCGUGGGAUGAGCUGUUCGCCGGUCUCAGAGCCGAUGCUCCGGGAGAGAAGCAACAAGGAGAGGGAUUCACGCUCUAG